UAUUACGGUGGUAGUAAGGAGAGUAAACACCACCAAACAACAUGGCUUUUCAAGGAAGUGGAACCUGAAGCAAUUCGCAAGAUAAAGAAGAUCGCAUGUGAACGCCUGUUCAGCCUUUUUUUGUGUAUGCUUGCUUUUCCUCUUAGAUGGUAUCCAGCGAGCCGUCUUUGGCAGUAGAAGACGACUACUUCGCGAAUAAUAUGAAGGAGAUGAUUGGAGGCUGCUGCGUUUGCUCAGAUGAGAGAGGCUGGGCUGAAAAUCCACUGGUUUACUGUGACGGGCAUGGCUGUAAUGUUGCUGUUCAUCAAGCGUGCUAUGGGAUCGUGCAAGUCCCUACCGGCCCCUGGUUUUGUAGAAAAUGCGAAUCCCAGGAGCGUGCUGCUAGGGUGAUUAAGGGGUGGAAGGGAAGAAAGCCCAGUCAGCUGGCCCCAGAUGGAGGAGGACGGUCCACCAGCCAGCACAGAGAUGAGGAGGACGAGAGACUGGCCAAAAGUUUAAAAACUAUGAAUACAUGGAGGUGUGAACUGUGUCCCCACAAGGAUGGUGCCCUCAAGAGGACUGACAAUGGAGGUUGGGCCCAUGUUGUUUGUGCCCUGUACAUCCCAGAGGUGGAGUUUGCCAAUGUGUCCACCAUGGAGCCCAUCGUGCUGCAGUCGGUCCCCCACGAGCGUUACAACAAGACGUGCUACAUCUGCGAAGAGCAAGGCCGCGAGAGCAAAGCUGCUACUGGGGCCUGCAUGACCUGCAACAAACACGGCUGCAGACAGGCCUUCCACGUCACAUGUGCUCAGUUUGCUGGGCUUCUGUGUGAAGAGCAGGGCUCAGACGCUGACAACGUGAAGUACUGCGGAUACUGCAAAUACCACUACAGCAAGCUGAGAAGGAGCAAAGGCCGCAGUAGUAGGGCUCAAAGCUUAAGCGAUUCUUCCUCUCACUCUUUGGAUAAGCAUCAUGACAAGGAUAAGAAGAAACACAAAGACCGAGACAGACACAAACCAAAGUACAAGCGGGUGUCCGAGCCCUCUCCCGCGCUGGUGCCAGCCCUGAUGGUCAGCUCGGAAAAGACUUACAGCGGCGGCGGCAGCGCGGCGGCGGCGGCGGCGGCGGUGUCCGCCUCGCAGAAGCGCCUGGACGACACCGCGGGCCGCUUCACCAACGCCAACUUCCAGGAGGUGCCCGCUCACCCCGGGGGCAGCUCCAAGGACGCGGGCCCGGCCGAUGGCAAGGGCGCGGAGGGCAAGGGCAGGAGGGCGGGCGGCCAUGGCUCAGGCCAGCGGGGGCGCAAGUCGGCUCCGGGGAAACCUCCUCUCCCCGCCGCGGACCUGACGGCGCCCGCCGCCAUCUCCUCCUCCAGCAGCCCCUUUCAGCAAGGUCUCCUGCUGGGGAGCAGUGGGAAGUCAUCCUCAGGUGGUUCAGCGAACCCGCCCGGCCAGGAGUUCCUGAGCUUCUCUGAGCCGAGCCUGCGCAACGAGUCUUCGUUCGGGCGCUGCCUGCCCAAGGCGGCCGGGGACAAUGGAGCCGGCGAAGGUGUGGUCACCCUGACCACCUUUGGGUCUCUGAUGUCCCCGGUGCCCAGCUCCACCUCUGCAAGCGCCAAGCACUAUGAGAACUGCCACCUGGCGGGCGAGCCGGGCGGCCUGGCGCCGGCGGGUUACAAGCGGCCCCAGGCCUCGGGCGCGGGGGGGCCGGGUGCUGAGGAGGCCGCCAAGGGCAAGAAGCGCCGCUGCAACUGGAGGAACCGCUACGGGCCUUGCCGGUCCCGGGACCUGCCAGAGCUGGCUGGCCACCCUCCCGUGCCCUCGUCCUCCUCCUCCUCUUCCUCCUCCCCCUCCCCCUCCUCCAGCGCAAGCUCCAUGCCUGGCCGCGCUAACCCUGCUAACGGAAACGGCGGCGGGUCCGGGACCGGGGCUGGGAUCCAGAAGUCUCCCUCUCUCCUCAGGAAUGGAAGUUUACAGAGCCUAAGUGUCAGCUCCUCCCCUGCGGGACCAGGUGCCUUCCCCAGCAGUGACACGCUGGUGUCGUUACCCAACGCAGUGACCGGCACUAGUGCAGAGUUACCUCAGCAGCUGUCCACCAUUUCGUCUCUGCCCAGCACCCCCUUGCUGCCCCCACCGGUUCCCUCUGUGCCUGCCGGGCCUCUCACCAGCACUGCCUGCACCCACCCGAAUGCAUUGCCUGGAUCGUCCCUCAACUUGGCCCCCUCUCACAUGUUUGGGAACCGUCUGAACCCCAACUCGGCCAUGGCUGCCCUGAUCGCUCAGUCCGAGGGUGUCUCCACAGAUCAGGAGCCGGGAGACAGUGCACACGGCUUCCCUGGAAGGGGCGCUUCUCCAAAGGCAACCCUCUCCCCUCGCUCCCCAGGGAGCGGCCUGCAGAUCCGGUACGACCCGCCAGGCCUGGUGGGCCCCGGUCCGGGGGCCGGAGCCCCGGACUCACUGCCCCCAGUGGCCACCAGCAUCGAGCAGCUGCUGGAGAGGCAGUGGAGCGAGGGCCAGCAGUUCCUCUUCCAGCAGGGGACGCAAGGAGAUGUCCUCGGCAUGCUGAAGUCCCUGCACCAGCUGCAGGUGGAGAACCGCCGCCUGGAGGAGCAGAUUAAAACCCUGACGCUGAAGAAGGAGCGCCUGCAGCUUCUGAGUGCCCAGCUCUCUGUGCCUUUCCCCCCGGCCAGCACCGCUGCCACCUCCUCUUCGCCGGAGCUGCAGACCUCCAACACCCCCUCAGAUGCAAUCAACAGCAGCAAGAGCUUUCACCUGGGCGGCAGCUUCCUGCCAGACUCCAGUCUCAACCUGGCCUCUCAGGACACUGCCUCGAGCGGCCACAGCAGCAGCUCGUCCUCUCUCUCCACCCCGCCCUCGGCGGCCCACAGCCCGCCCCAGCCCAGCCAGCAGCAGCAGCAGCAGCAGCAGGUGAACGGCAUCGGCGUGGCGGGCGGAGCCAUGCAGCCCGUGGCCCCGGCGGCCAUGCCGGGCGUCACGGGGCUGAUGGGCAGCCUCCAGGGGGCGCCGCUGGCCAUGAGUGGCAUUGUGGGGGCCCUGAACGGCGUGAUCCAGAGCUCCCCCGGCCUGGCGCAGAACAGCAGCCCCCUGUCCCACCCGGCCGUGGUGCCCAGCGCACCCCUGUCCAUUCCCAGCACUCUCAACAGCAGCAGCACAGCACCUGUGAAGACCAGCGUGGCGCGUUUGGGCCUGCUGUCUGAGCAGCAGAGGCAGAUCCUCCUGCACCAGCACCAGCUCCAGCAGCUCUUCUCCUCACCACAGCCCACCCCGCAGCAGCAGCAAGCCCUGCUCUACCACCUGAUGCAGCAGCAGCACCAGCAGCACCAGCAGCAGCACGACCUGCAGCAGCUGCAGCAGCUGUCCUCCUCUCAGCUGCCCAUCAACAGCCUGCUCCCGGCCGCGCAGGGCGCCAUCGCCGCCAACCCUUUCCUGGCCAUGCACGCGGACGCCGGCGCGCAGAAGACCGCACGGCUGGCGGAGAAGGCUGGAGCCGUGGCAGGACAGGAGAAGAGCUGACACCCCCCCCCCACCCCCCCCACCCCAACAAAACAAGACUUGUCCACUCGAGGAGCGCGCCUCCCAACCCUCUCAGGGGCCCAACCAUCUCAGAGCGAAGGCCAGCGGAUUGGCUCACAGCACAGCACACCUGGCGGACGCUUGCUGAACACGCGACGUCUCUAUGUUGCACUACUGUAAACCCGAAUCAAAGCGGCUACCGUUACAGCAUCAGGGACCGCAGAGAUCCACAGAGAGGAUUAAUCACCAUUCACUCUAUCUUUAGCGCGAGAGUCACAUGAACGAUACCGUGGAGGAAAAGGCAAGAGGGAAGCACAUGGCUGGGGAAGAGCUGGGAAGACUGUCCGAAGCCUGGCUGCUGUAUUAGAAACCCGAAUCUGAGUCACUUCGCACAAAAGUGACAGCCUAAAUAGUUGAGUUUACAGGCAUUC